GUUCUCGGGGCUGGAAAUGAAACGGCGCGGCGCGAGAGCGGGACGGAGCGCGUGAAGCGGAACUGGGAUCACUUCAACGCCCCAGUUCGGCAGAUAUGAAACAAACUGGCAUGCAAAGAAAGCAGACUUCAGCCGUGAAAGCAAGCAAACAAACUGGAUGCCAACCUGAAAAACUUGUGCAUCCUUCUUAAAAGAUCCGAGACAGCAGUGAAAUUGCAGAAAGUGCACACCCCUGCCAGGACCAUGAGCGAUGAGCCGCCUCUGCUGACCAGCCUCACAGAGAACGCCACCGAUGUGCCGGUGCCAUCGGGAAGGCAAGAGAACUAUGUGCUGCUGCUGGUGAUGCUGUGUGUGUUUGCUGGAGGAACACUGGUCCUGCUCUCCGUUCUGCUCAUUUUUUGCCACCGUUGCUGUCAGAGUGGACGCCGCUACUCCAGGGCCAGCGAUGACCUGGAGAAAACCAACACCACAUAUGUGGAAGAGAGCCAACCUACACAAGAUAUCACCAUCAGGAUGGAGAGCACAGACACACUGUCCACCUCCAGCUGCCAUGGCGAUGCUGAUACGGAGCGCUUCCAGUCCUCAGCGUACACAGGCCGGCGCGUCUCCUUCAAUGAGACAGCCAUCUAUGAACAGAGCAAGAAGAACCAGGAGAAAGGACGAAGGUACACUCUUACGGAGGGCGACUUCCACCACCUGAAGAAGGCUCGUCUGACCCACCUGCACAUCGCCCCUCCAGCUAUGAACAUCCUGACCAUUAUGGAGUGUGACUCACCUGAGAACAGCAUCACCCUGCGAGAACAGACGCAGCACAAACCAUCUCUGUCUAUAUUUCAGCCUGGUGAGAGUGGCCUGCCUGAUUCACCAGUGUCCUGGAGCAGCCAGAGCCCCAGCUGUGCUCUCCCCGGAGACACAUUCAACUCUAUACUGGACAGCAGCUUCACUCCCAGCGGUGCUGAGCACAGCUCCGAACCGCCUCGAUCCAGAACUAUGGAGGUGAUAGGAGCUGGUAUGAGGAUAGAAGGUGACCCUGGCUCCUCGCCAGCAAUAGGAGUAGGCGGAGUAGCUGGAGGAGGAGGUGGAGGCCCACUCUCAGGACAGGGCACCAUGCUUCACUUCCUGUCCCGGCUCAGACGCCAUGCCAGCCUGGAGGGAGCCAGCCCCUACUUCACCAUCAAAAAAUGGAAGUUCGACAGCAGCCACAGAGCAGCCAGUCUGGACAUGAGAGGUUCUCCACGGAGGCGGACGUUUCAGAGGCAGAGAGCAGCGAGCGAAACUCUGGAUCAGGGAGAGGAGGACUCCCAGCAACCUGGAGCAAGUGGGGGCAGUGACUUCCUAUUGUGUGCUUUUCCUUCUCAGUCACAGUCUGACCCCCCUAGGCGACUGUCUGCUGGCUCCUUGGAGCCGUCCACUGCAGGCUGUCUGCCUCCACCACCAGUCGCAUUUAGCAGGUUAGAGGUUAAAGCUGUUUUGGAGAUGAGUCAAGGUGCCAAGGAAAGUAGGACUCAAACCGCCAACAAAUUCACAGAAUCCAUUGGGCUUCGUGGGGAAGAAGAGGUGGAGGAUGGGGAUGGAGAGAUCAUAUUAGGAGCAACAGGAGGAGAAGGCACUAGUACUGAAGGACAAGCUGAGUUUGGCUUGGGGAGCAGGCAGGAGAGCCUGGAGCAGCCAAACCUGUACCGGGAUAUCUGGAGCCUACGUGCAUCUCUAGAACAAUAUGCCUCUUCUGAUUUGAGCAGCAAUGACAAAGACUCCACACGCAGUGAUGCCGACAGUAUCUGUUCACUAGGGGGAGCUGGGGCUUCCAGAACUGGUGUGCCCAGUUACCAAUCUCAGGAUAUCGAUGACGAGAUUGAUGGAGAUAGCGAGCUGCCAUAUGAUGACAUUGGGAAGGAAGUGGGUGAAAGGAGGAAUGGCAGGGACAGUGUAGACUCCGAGAGAGGCAGCGACAGUGAGGCAGGGAGCCGGAAGCUUCUGCAGAUGGACAGUGGCUAUGCCUCCAUCGAGGCUCCAUGCAAAGCUCCCGAAGAGCUGCGACUGUUCGGAAGUACAUCUGGCAAGACAGCGUCAGAGCGGCGGCGCUUCUUCACUAACGCUGGCCGGAAGGGAACUGUGUGUGAGAGCUUUGAGACUCGGCUGUUCAAAGAGGAGCUGGAAGAUGAGGCUUCAGAAAGCAGCAUUAGUAUAGAGUCAGAGGGUCUCAGUACUGAAUCCCAGAGCAGACCAAGUGUUUCACCCAGAGACACACCUGAACAGUCGCAAACCAAGCCCAGGCCACGUUUCCGUCGCCGAGACUACAGCAUUGACGAGAAGACGGAGGCUCUGUUUAAUGAAUUCCUACGUCAUGAUCCUCAGUUUGACCAGCAGGGAUCACCUUCGCUCCGGCAUCGGCAUCGCUCAAGGAUCCACUUGCGCAAGCAGUGGCAGCGUGCCAAGCAGUACAGCGACCCAGGAGGAGCACGUUAUUCUCCAUCCCUGGAGAGACAGCGUAGCUAUGCCCUGCGGAGAGGCGAUAGUGCCAACUACCCACUGGACACACGGUACCACAGCACUCUGCCACGUAUCGCGAGUGCUGCAGAUGAGGAGGCUAGUGAAGGAGGGACUAGUGAGGGAGUGGCCAGCGAAGGUACUGGCAGUACCACCGAAUCACCCAAGGCCCAUGGCAGUGGCCCAGCACCUGAAGACAAUGCCAACAACAGCAGUAACAACAGUAGUCCUAUAAUAAAGUCAUCAACAGAGGGUCGUCCAACUCUGUUCUUUUCCAGCCCCUCGCAGGACAGCUCUGUGGAAGAUUCUGGGAUACUAGAGGACCGCGGAAGUGCUAGGCAUCAUGCAGAGACACACAGAUGGUCGCAGAUGGCAGUCACAGACACCAGUUCAUCAAAGACGGGCAAUGGGCAACAACAUACACAUACAGACACAGUCACCCGCAUUCAGAAAAACGUACUUCAUAUGGACCAGGACCCUAUGGACAAAGGCUAUGUGCACAGUGUAGUGGACAGCCCAUCAGAUAAACUGGUGAGCAACCUGGAUGAGCGGCUGUACACCAGCCUAAGGAGGACUCAGGCCAGUCAGGAGUGCAUGGUGGCUGUGACCCGCACCUCCCCAGACCUCCAGGACUAGCAGCAUGAACAACAUAGGCACUCUAACUGACCAGGGACAGGAGUAGAUUGUCUCAUCAGCAGGACAUCUCAGAGUAUGGGAGAGAUGAAUCACACAAGCUUGUAUGCUUGACGUGUGAAGCCAAGCUUAUUUGACUCUACCAUAAUCUCAGCCGUCCUCAGAUAAAUAAUGCAUGUGUGUUGAAUCAAUGGCCGCUCUGGUCCCUUAUGCAGGGGUCAUUGUGCGUGCAGCAACCUCAAACUGGGGAAAGGUCAGAAAAUGUUAUAAAAAGUAGUAUCUACAGACAACCACAUUGGAAAGGUGAGAAAAUAAUUUUUUCUUGAAGAGGUCAAUGGUAUCACUUCUUGCAAAUUGCACUGUGAAACAAGGUAAAUUAGGGUGCUUUGGGAAACAUACAACUACAGGGCGAUUCAACGAGUAAUCCUGCAGUGAGAAAUAAUCACAGAAAUCAUGGUAAGGAUGGUAAGGAAUCAGGGCAGAACUUGGUUCCCUCUCAAAAUAAGAAGUGGGGUAUAAGUGAUACUUCUCCCAAAAGAAGUGGUCUCUUACUAAAUUAAUUAUGAUUGAAUGAGUCUCCAGAUCCACUCUAUGCUAUUUUGGGGACUCUGCGCCAAUUUGGUCUUAACACUCCCGUCCCAUCAGUGAGUUACACUCUUUUCUCAUCCAUGUCUAAGAUUUAAGCAAUUCACCCAUGACAUAAUUCCCCAUUUGACACUUAGCUCAAUGUUUUAUGAGUCUAAUUUUUUGCACCAAUAGACCACUGCUAAAGCCCCUUGUCAACCAUCGCUUUUGCUCUGUUGAUGUUAACACAGCAUGUCACGCUUGUGAAGAGCUGCCUCAUCUAAAUGUCAAUAGCGUACAUUGAAAAUGAGGAGGACGGAAAAGAAAACUGCACUUUUGAUCAAGGGAGUCAACUUUAAUGCUCCCUUUGAUUAAUUCUCAUCUCAUUUUUCAAGUGUCCUUGUUUGUAUGAUAUCGAGUUGACUCCGACAUCAAUCUUGGGAGGAGGUGGUGAAAGAAAUGUUUCAAGUGUCUGAACAAGAAGUCAGAUAGUCACUUUCCUUUUUGUACUUUAAUGUUAUUUAUUGAUUUUUUUCAUUUAAAUAAUUACUGUAUUUAUCAAUGUCAUUUCAUUUGUCAGAGCUUAAGUUUUUUUUCUAUCAAAUGUUCUUUAAAGAGAGUAAACAGGGCAGAGGAGAGAGUAAGCACUUAUGGGUUGUGCAUAUCACUGAGUACUGAACACACUGGCAAAAGGCUUAGUGUGCCUGAGGGAUCUAUCGGUGUGAUAUUGUUUAUCCAAAUCAUGUUUGAGAAAAGCCAGGUAUGUCAAGUCAAAUGAUUACGAUUAUCGGAUAAUUCAUGGAAAAGCCUUAAAAGUAAAUCAAAAUAAAGGGUUUUUGGAGUGGUGUCAGAAA